CUGAAAUUAAUUAAUUUUUUUUUCUCGAUUAAUACGAGACGAAGAAUAAGAUUAAGCUUAGUGCGCGUCCACUCUAAUUUUCCUUCGCCGACGGGGUUUUUUCAUAGUUGAUAAAACCGGACCCACACGUAACGGCAAAGAAAGAACCGCGCCAAAAGAACAAAUAAAAUAACGGACUUUUAUGUAAUUUUACCGUUCAUCACGGACAAACAAGAAACGACUGAUUUAAACCGUCCGAUCAUGACUUAGACAUAACAUCUACCGUACAUGAUCAAUCAUGGCGUAAGCCACAACGGAAAAAACAAAGUCACAACCAAAACGACACCGUUCCCGCAAUCGAGAUUAUUGGUUUUUCUUGUAAGAAAAAGAGUCAGGUCCUGUGCAGCUGCAGCAGGUUUCUUCUUCCAUAUUCAUCUUCCUCCUCUGCUCUGUCUCUGUCUCUGUUUCAUUUCAAUUUCUUCUUUUCAUUUUCCCUUUUUGUUCUUUCUUCCUCGUAAUCUUGCUUUUUGUGAUAUAGACUCAUAGCUCAUCAAAAGUCAGAGAAAGGGGCUUAUCGCCUUUUCUCAUACUGCUACUGCACUGUAUCGGAGUUGCGAAGGAAAGCCGGCUUUCAGAAAGGACAAUCGAUUUCCGGAUACCCAUAAUCGGAACACCUGUUUUUGCUAGCGGAGUGAUUUGAAAGAUCAAUUGGUUGGUUGAGCAUUCUUGUCAAGAUGACGUGACUUUUUUUGUUUUUCGUUCUUUGAAUUUUUUAGGAGUUUAUCACGAUUGUAUUGUGUUUUUAUUUGGUCUUGAGGAGAUAAUAGUGCUUUUCGAUCGAAGAUUUGAGGUGAAGGUCAAAUAUUAUUUUUCUGGACGUAGACUUGUUCUUAUUGAGCUGUGAGAAUGAUUUUCCUUGGUUCUGCGAGGUUUCGUAACGGCGAGGAAUGAGACUGGAAUAAUCUUUGAAAAGCUAAAACCGAAAACAGAACGCGGUUUUUUGUUGUUAGUUUAGUUUGGUUUUGGAGGUACGGAUUUCUGCCUGUUGAUUGAUUUGAACUGUGAAAUCAAUUCGUCAGGAAAUGCAGGAACCAAGUAUUGAUACCGAUAAGCUUAGUUAUGAAAUCUUCUCGAUUCUUGAGAGCAAUUUUCUUUUUGGUUAUGAUGAUCAGAAGCUAUGGGUUCCCAAGCAGAUACCUCCAACUGUUGAAGGUAAACCGAUAUCCGAUACAGCAAGUACUCAAGCACACGCUCAACAAGAAGCAAGUCGUGACACUUCGUCUAUUAGAAACCAGAGAGGCAAGGUCUGCAUUUUAAGCGUCGAUGGCGGAGGUAUGGGAGGGAUUCUCUCAGGUAAGGCUCUGGCUUACCUCGAACAAGCGCUCAAGUCGAAAUCGGAAAAUCCUGAUGCCAGAAUCGCUGAUUAUUUCGAUGUUGCCGCCGGAGCCGGCGUAGGAGGCAUUUUCACUGCUAUGCUUUUCGCUACGAAAGACCAUAACCGACCGAUGUAUAAGGCAGAGGACACUUGGCGGUUCUUGGCCGAUCAAGGCCAGCGGUUCUACCGCCGGUCGAAUUCUAGUUCAGGUGGAGGCUUUUUAGGGCGGUUGUUCAAAAUCAACCAUACAAAUUCAACCAGUUCAGCUACCGCCGCUUUAGAAAAGGCGAUGAAAGAAGCAUUUACUGAUAAGGGACGGAGUUUAACCCUAAAAGAUACUCUGAAACCAGUUCUGGUACCUUGUUACGACCUGUCAACAACGGCGCCAUUUUUGUUCUCGAGAGCCGACGCCCUAGAAAAUGAUAGCUUCAAUUUCCGGCUCUGGGAGGUCUGCAGAGCAACAUCUGCCGAACCUGCCGUAUUCGAGCCAGUAACAUUGACGUCUAUCGACAGCCAAACCAAUUGCCUGGCCAUCGACGGCGGUUUGGCGAUGAGUAACCCGACUGCGGCCGCAAUCACUCAUGUACUACACAACAAACAAGAGUUUCCGUUCGUGCGAGGAGUUGAGGACCUUCUGGUUCUGUCCUUAGGAACCGGCCAGAUAUUAGAGGCCCGCCGUGAUCACCGUCAGGUCAUAAGGUGGAAGGAGAAGGAGUGGAUUCGGCCCAUGAGUCGAAUCUCUGGUGAGGCCUCGGCCGACAUGGUGGACCAGGCCGUCGCCAUGGCAUUUGGUCAGUCCAGGAGCUCUAAUUACGUGAGGAUUCAGGCACUUGGAUCGAGCUUAGGCGAGGGUGGACCUAGCUCAAGUACUGAUUCUGAUGCUGGUAAUGUAAAGAAGCUGAUUGAAUUGGCAGAUGAGGUUCUCAAGCAGAAGAAUGUUGAAUCUGUGCUCUUUGGAGGAAAGCGAUUUGCAGAGCAAACCAACUUCGAAAAGCUCGACUGGUUUGCUGAAGAAUUAGUGCUUGAACAUCAGAGGCGGUCCUGCAGAAUUGCUCCCACUGUGGCUUUCAAGCAAGCUACCACCCGCGAAAGUGCUAAGGAACGUUCAUAAUGACCAAAAGAUAUGGUGUAAGAAGAAGAGAAGAGGAGGCCAUGAAAAGGACAAAAAACAUAUAUACAGUACAAAAGAUUGGUAAUCUUUGUGGGAUACCCUUUGCUCAAGAGAGGACAGACAGUCUUGUCUUCCAUACACAAGUACAUGGGUAAGGAAACAAAAAACUGAGGGGAGAAAAUUUGGAUUUCUCUCCAUUUUUCAGGGUCAAACAAACAAAAAAAAAAAAAAAUGCAUGAAUUUCUUUUCCAGCUUUCAAAUUGAAAAAUAGUUUUAAGUGUGGGUAAAAAGAUAAAAGUAGAACAACCCCAAAAUAUAUUGUUUACAAGGGUCUGCCCUGGCUCAAGAAACUUGAGUCUAUGGUGGUGGAGGUCUACUUUUGAUUUUAAUAUUGAUUUUUAUUAUUUGUCCUUUUUUUAGUCAGGUUCCUUUUUCCAUCAAAUUACAUAUUCAAUAGAGUGCAAAAGAUAUUUGAAUGUGGCCA